AUGGAGCUUUCAAUUCACGCCAGCAUGCAGAAGCAGCUGUUUUGUGCCGCUUUGCUGCUCUUCGUCACAUUCUCGUCCGCACAAGAAGGCACCCAGGUGAAGAAUGCCCAGUGUCACAACUACGCCGGAGGACACGUCUAUCCUGGGGAGGCUUCCCGUGUACCUGUGUCAGAUCAUUCCUUGCACCUCAGCAAGGCAAAGAUUUCAAAGCCUGCGCCACACUGGGAAGGAACAGCGGUCAUUAAUGGUGAAUUCAAGGAGCUGAAGCUGUCAGAUUACAUUGGCAAAUACCUUGUCUUUUUCUUCUAUCCUCUGGACUUCACGUUUGUCUGCCCAACUGAGAUCAUUGCCUUCAGUGAUCGCGUACAUGAGUUUAGGGCCAUCAAUGCGGAGGUGGUUGCCUGCUCAGUGGACUCCCAGUUUACCCACCUGGCCUGGAUCAAUACAGCCAGGAAACAGGGUGGAUUGGGACCAAUGAAAAUUCCUCUUUUGUCUGACCUCACUCACCAGAUUUCCAAAGACUAUGGAGUGUAUCUGGAGGAUCAAGGCCACACUCUGAGGGGACUCUUCAUCAUUGAUGACAAAGGCGUUCUGAGGCAGAUCACCAUGAAUGAUCUUCCGGUUGGACGUUCCGUAGAUGAGACGCUUCGGCUGGUUCAAGCAUUCCAGUACACCGAUAAACACGGAGAAGUGUGUCCAGCAGGAUGGAAACCAGGCAGUGAAACGAUCAUUCCUGACCCCGCAGGCAAGCUCAAGUAUUUUGAUAAACUGAACUGA